UUUAUUGCCGGGACCGACUUACAAAGGAUAUGUACAAACAACAACGGAGGAUAAGUGCUUCCACUCCCACUCCUACUCCUACUCCCCUCGCAUACAUUCCGUUGGCAGGUACUACCUGUUUAUGCCGGCAACCCUCUUACGUCGGCUAGACUUGUAGGACCAGCUGUCCACUCCUUUCGACUUUGGCAAUUGGUCACGCGUAACUAAGUAAAGGAGUUGUAUAAAUCGCAACUUUCACUAUGUCGGCUUCUUUGCCUGGAAGUCGGGAGCUGCCCGAAUCGCAAUAUGACCUAACCACAUAUUGGGGCCGCGUCAAGCAGACGGCAACGAUUACAGAUCCGAGAACCCUCUUCGUUGGAAAUCAUGGUCUUGAACAAGCCAAAAAGCUGCUGGUCGCAUAUAAACAAGGCGAUAUCAAGGAUAUGACACCGGAAUUAUGGAAGGCGAAGCAGAUCGUCGACUCUACACUACAUCCUGAAACUGGAGAGCCAGUCCUCCUCCCCUUCCGGAUGUCUUGCUUCGUGUUCUCGAAUUUGAUCGUUACAGCUGGAAUGCUUACGCCGGGUUUAAAGAACACCGGGACUGUUCUCUGGCAAAUCACCAACCAGUCUCUUAAUGUUGCUAUCAACCACGCGAACGCAAACAAAUCAAACCCGCUUUCCUACUCGAAAAUCGCCCAAUCGUACUUCCUUGCCGUCGGCGCAUCUUGUUCCGUGGCAGUAGGUCUGAAUUCGAUUAUCCCCCGUCUGAGGGGAUUUUCGCCGUCGACGAAGCUCAUCCUCGGCCGGCUCGUGCCCUUUGCAGCCGUGGCGUCCGCCGGUGCGCUAAACGUGUUCCUCAUGCGCGGCGAGGAGAUGCGCACGGGAAUUGACGUGUUCCCCGUGCUCUCGGAGGCGGACAAGGCGCGGCUGGCGAAGGAGGGCAAAGCUGAAAAUGACGUGCCGAGCCUGGGCAAGAGCAAGAAGGCGGCGACGCUGGCGGUCAGCGAGACGGCGCUCAGCCGCGUCUUCAAUAGCAGCCCCAUCAUGGUCAUCCCGCCGCUGAUCCUUGUGCGCCUCCAGCGCACCGAGUGGCUCAAGAAGAACCCCCGCUACACACUGCCUCUCAACCUCGGCUUGAUCCUCGGUAUGAGUUGCCUCGCGCUGCCGUUUGCGUUGGCGGCGUUCCCGCAGCGCCAGAAGAUUAGCGCGGAGAGCUUAGAGGAGGAGUUUCACGGCCGUGGAGGAGACGGGGGGAUGGUCGUGUUUAAUCGGGGAAUCUAGACGGAAUGCAUCAUUGUUCAACCACGUUAAGCGUUUCUAGAGCGAAACAAGUCGAGGGGCAUUGCAUUUGCUACUUGACACGGUCUCGAUGAUUUGGUCUAAGGGGAGAAGAGGACGUCAAACAAGUAUCACAUAAUUCGAUGGCAUGGCAUAGUACCUACCUAUAAGACAUUAUGCCUCGUCAUAGAUGAGACGCAUGGCGGCUCUGUCAGCGUCGCUAGACGCGGAGAUAAGAUG